UUACAAACAAAAAGAUUUCUUGAUUCUUCUUUUACUUGCUUCUCUGUUCCAUCUGAAAAGGUGGCAAAAUCUAUGGGCUUUUUAGACUUCCUUAUUUCCAAGAACUAUUUCAAGCAAAUUUCUAACUACACCCAAUACCUUUUUUCCCCAUAGUUAGGCUAAAAAUGGUGUCUUGAUCCUUCUUUUUCCCCCUCUCUCUCACACCCACUCUCUCUCUAUGUAUAUACAUGCAUACAUAUGUAUGUAUAGAUUGUGGGUUUGGACUUUCUUGAACUCAGAAAAAGUAGACACCUUUCAGUUUCUUAUCAUGUCUUCAUUCAUGUGAAGAGUGACUGAGAUUCUCUUCUGAUUUUUACCCUUUAAUAUUUCCUUUUUAAGUGAUGGUUUUUAAACGUCACACUUUGGUAUCUGUUUAAUGACGUAUUUUAAGUAAAAUUUGGAACUUUAUAGCAUUUAUUUAAGAUAUAGAAUUAAAAGACGGUUUUUUGUCUCAUCUUCUUUUUUAUUAUUUCAUUUUCCCAAAAGCUCAGUUUUUAGUUUCUUGAAAAAAGUGCUUCUUCUUUUGCUCUCUUGAAAUUUUGCAAAAUCAACAUUUUCACUUUCUAUACGUUUAUUACCUAGCCUUUAUAUACUUUCAUAUACUUAUACUUCCUAUGCUUUUUACCAUUUGAGCUCUCAUCUAUCUUGUUGAAAAGACACAAGUAAGCAAAGAUUGAAGCAAUGGCAGAUUGGCAUGGGAAGAGUAGUAUGAUGGAAGAUCAAGAUUUUCAAGAAGAAGAUGUGUGGGGGGGUGUGGUGAAGGAAAGAGAAGAGUCAAAGGCCAAAGUCAACAAGCCUUAUAAGAUGAAGAAAAGAUCAUCUUGGACAACAUCCCAUGAUGGGGCAAGAAUGAUACCAAGGUGUAAUGAGGGUAAGGUGCCACAUCAGCAGCAACAAUCCUCAGCUCCAAUGGGUAUCCCUGAUUGGUCAAAGAUUUAUAAAAGUCAAGGUCAAAGUGAUGGAUGCUAUGGUGAUGAUGAUGGUGAUGUUGAUGAUGAUGAGAAUAUGGUGCCACCACAUGAGUACAUUGCUAGAAGGCUAGCUAGGAGUCACAUUGCUUCUUCUUCUAUGUGUGAAGGUGUUGGGAGGACACUUAAAGGAAGAGACCUUAGCAAAUUGAGAAAUGCCAUUUUGACCAAAACCGGUUUCUUAGAAUAAUCUCCCAUUCACAUCCAUCAAAUCAUCGUCGCUAUCGUUAUCGUUAUCAUUAUUAUCAUCAUCGUCGUCAACCUUGUUUUGAUCAUUUUUAGGUUGCUUUUUAGAGUUAGCUAGAGCUUAAUUAAGAACCUGUUUAAACAUGAGAGUUUGUUUAUUUUUAUUGAUUAGUUAUAUCUUAUAUGUUA